AUGGGCGAAGCAGAACCAACCCCAGUGCAGUGGGACAAUGUUAAUGAUGAGAAUGACCCUGAAAAACUGUUUGAGAAAUUACAAUCUUAUUGUAACCCCAGAUCAAAUGAGGUACUUGAAUCACACAGAUUUUGGAAGCUCCCAUACCAAGAUCCAUUUGAUAGUUUUCUCACAGAUCUGAAGACCCGUGCAGCAUCUUGCAACUUUAAAGAACCUGAAAGAAUGAUGAGAGACAAAAUAGUGUUCACGGUCACUGGAAAGUUACAGGAACUUCUACUCAGGGAGGACAAACUCACACUCGACAGAACUAUACAAGUAUGUAGGGCGUAUGAACAAUCAAAUAGACAAGUGAAGGAACUACGAGAAACCACUCUGAAAGUGAACAAGCUACAGAAAUCUGACAAGUACACACACAGUAAACAGAAGACAGAGAAAAAGAAGGAAAUUCCAAAGACUAAACAAACUCUGUAUAAGAAGAAAGACUGUGAAUUCUGUGGGUACAAACACGAACCAGGAAAACAAAAGUGUCCAGCAUGGGGAAAGUGUUGUGAACAGUGUGGUGGAAGGAAUCAUUUCAAAGCAAAGUGCAAGAAGAUACAUUCAGUCAGUCAGGAAGAAGAAUUCAAUGAGGAUCAAUGGUUGAAAGCUGUAAGUUCUGGUGGCAAAGAAGUGACUGCAAUAAUGCGCAUCAAUGAGUGUGACAUUAGAUUUCAACUCGAUAGUGCCGCAGAUGUGAAUACGAUUUCUCAGCGUUAUGUCCGCAAGCAGCAAUGCAAGCCUACCAAAAUCCGCUUGAACAUGUGGAACAAGACAAACAUGAAACCGCUUGCGGUGCAGAAAUUGAAGUUGAUUACCAUAAAUGACGAGAGAUUCAUAGCCAGUGUGUCAAGCAGUGACUUAGCUGAUUUGGGAACAGCGCAUCUACAUGUCGACCCAAAUGUGAAACCCAAAGCUCUUCCCUGCAGGAAGAUCCCUAUCGCACUCCAGAGUUUGGUACGUGAUGAACUUCAGAAGCUUGAAGAUAGAGGAGUACUUAUUCCGAUUACAGAGCCUACUCCAUGGGUCAGCCAGAUGGCUAUUGCUCGGAAAGCCAACGGCAAGCUACGAUUGUGUAUUGACCCACAAGCACUCAACACAGCGUUGAUGAGAGAACAUUAUCGCUUACCUGUUCUCGAUGACAUUCUACCGCAGCUCAGUAAGGCCAGAACCUUCACAAAACUUGAUGUCAAGGAGGCUUUUUGGCAUGUGAAGUUGGACGAAGAAUCCAGCAGAUUAACGACAAUGAUAACUCCCUUUGGAAGGUACAGAUGGGCAAGACUGCCUUUCGGACUAAAGGUUUCAAGUGAAAUAUUCCAGAGGAAACUGGACGAGGUGUUCGGAAACAUGACAGGUGUUUUCAGUGUGGUGGAUGAUAUCAUCAUAGCAGGCUGUGGAGAAAAUGACAGAGAAGCCGAGCAAGACCAUGAUUUAAAAUUGAGAAAAGUGUUGGAGAGAUGUGAGGAGAGACACAUCAUCUUGAAUAAAGAAAAACAAGAGAUUGGACUCAAAGAAAUCUCAUUUCAUGGACAUGUUAUUUCCAGAGAUGGAGUGAAAAUUGAUGACAAGAAAGUAAAAGCCAUCAAUGACAUGCAACCUCCUACUGAUGUUUCAGGAAUCAAGAGACUGUGUGGCAUGGUCCAGUACAUGGCAAAGUUUCUUCCAGACCUUUCUACCAUAAUGGAGCCGCUCAGAGAACUCACUCGCAAAGAUAAGGCAUGGCAUUGGUCUAAAGACUGUGAAGCAGCAUUUCAGAGGAUCAAGAAGAUGCUGACAGAAACUCCUGUACUAGCGUACUUUGACCCUGGAAAGGAAGUAGUAGUACAAGUGGACAGUAGUAAAGACGGCAUUGGUGCAGUUCUCCUGCAGGAAGGUAGACCGGUGGAGUAUGCAUCUAGAUCACUGACAGUGUCCGAGAGAAACUGGGCGCAGAUCGAGAAAGAAGCGUUGUCUGUGUUAUACGGUCUGGAACGUUUUGACCAAUAUACAUAUGGCCGUAAUGUGACGAUACAGAAUGACCAUAAACCAUUGGAGGCCAUCCUGAAGAAACCUCUAGCAAUGGCACCGAAGCGACUACAGGACAUCAUGAUGAGAUGGAACCGGUACGAUUUUGACUUCGUAUAUGUCAAGGGAACUAACCUAACAAUUGCAGAUACAUUGAGUCGCGCAUAUCUGAAGAGUGAGGAGUGUAAUUUUAGUGAGAGACUUAGAAUCAUGGCAUUGAAGAGUGAUGAACCAUGUGACAUUCCUGAUGCUCGCCUUAGUGAAAUAAAAGAAGCAACAGAGAUUGACGAGGAAAUGCAAAUUCUCAAGGAAACUGUGAUGAACGGGUGGCCGGAGCAGAAACAAGAAACGCCACAGAGAAUUCGCCAUUACUUUGACUUUAGAGACACUAUAUCAUACAGUGAUGGACUUCUGCUCAAAGGUGAAGCCGUAAUUAUCCCUAAAUCUUUGAGGAGUGAAAUGAAGGCCAGACUUCACAAGGCUCAUUUUGGAUAUGAUAGCAUGCUGAGAAGGGCAAGAGGAACAAUAUUUUGGCCUGGAAUGAAUUCAGAUAUCAAGCAGUUGGCUGAUUGUUGUUCAAUAUGUCAAGAAAGAAAACCCAUGAACCAAAAUGCUCCAUUGAUGCAGCAUGCAGAAGGAUCUACUCCAUGGCAGAAAAUAGGACUUGACCUGUUUGAGCUGAAUGGAAAGCAUUAUUUGAUUGCAGUUGACUAUUUCUCUAGUUUCAUCGAAAUCGAUUUACUCACAUCUUUGACAAGCUCCAGAAUAAUAGCCUUACUCAAGAAACAAUUUGCUCGAUUUGGAGUUCCAAAUGUAAUCAUGUCUGAUGGAGGACCACAGUUCGUAAGCCAAGAAUUCCAAGAUUUUGCGAAGAAGUGGGGUAUCACUCACAUGACAUCGCCGAUGCAUCAACAAGCCAAUGGCAAGGCCGAGUCAGCUGUUAAAAUCAUGAAGACAUUGUUAAGGAAAUGUGAAGUUGAGAAGACUGAUCCUUAUGAAGCAAUUCUCGAGCAAAGAAAUACACCAAAACAGGAUACUGGUAUUAGUCCUGCAGAAAUUAUGUUUAACAGGAAAGUGCGUGGCAUGAUUCCACAUUUUCCACAGAAACUCGAGAAACCAGAAACUGAUGCAUUCAUCAGGAAGAGGAAUCAACGCAGACAGACAGUAAAGAAAUCGUUUGACAGGAAGUCUCGCGAGCAGAGUGAAUUGGACGUUGGUCAAGCAGUAUUCUUCCAGCAUCUAGAUGGACGCAACUGGAGACUCGGGGAAAUCAAUGGUAUUCUCGGACCAAGGACAUACAUUGUCAAGGACCAGAAUGGAACCACUUAUCGUAGAAACAGAAUUCAUGUGCGACCUACCGCAGUCAAUUUCUACAGUCGUGACCGCUCACCGAUGCGUUCAGUCCCAGUUGAUAAUUCAGACGGCAUACAGAGAAACUUUGUAACAGAUCCUAAGCUAGUGAACAAUCCUGGUUAA